GCACUGCUUGAGUGGAUUUCUUCUGGCUUCCGUGCCAACGGCAAAUUGAAGGAAUUGAUGAACAAAACUCCAAGAAAAUACACUCCAAUACAUUAAAAUUCCCACCAUAUUAUAUUAAACUUCCCACGUUCAACACGCUGCCUUCAAGUUACAGCUUCUGCAUAUCUUCAUCUGACCUCGUAUGGUUCAUUUUCGAUCCCAGAAUCCUCGUCAAUCGAAGCGUUGUCUUCUUUUCUCAUCUGGGUUUGUUGUUAAGUUACAGUUUGAUUUUUCCUGGUUAGUUUAUUUUCUGUUCAAUCCGACCACUUUCUCAUCUGGGUCUAUUAGUUGUUCAAUCAAGCAUUUUCUCAUCUAGCUCAACUGUCAAAUUCCGGUCUAGUUUUUGCUUAUUUUCAUUGUUCAAUUUUGGGUCAAAUAUCAUGGAAAGAAAUGCUUUCCUUCUUGGGUUGUUCAUAUUGUUGGUUCCUUCAUACACUUUUGUCCAUUCCACGGAGGAAGGCUUCGUUUCCGUGGAGAUAUUCAGAAAGGGUCUGAAUUUUGCUAAAGAUUUGCUAAUAAACAAAGGAAUCUCCUCCUUAGUUCCACUUGAGUUGCCUGAAAUUGAGAAGUCCGUUAAAAUCAAACUUCUGGGUACUGUUCAUGUUACUCUUUCAGACAUCGUUCUUUACGAGGUUGAUGUCAAUUCUUCAACUGUUAAGCUGGGAAAUACGGGCAUCACGAUUGUUGCUUCUGGGGCCAAGGCAUAUCUGAACAUGAGCUGGAGCUAUCGCUAUGGUAGUUGGAUUGUGAUUUCAGAUUCAGGGGUCGCCUCUGUGGAGGUUGAAGGCAUGGAAGUUGGGCUUACUAUAGACUUGGAGAACCAACAAGGAAAUCUUAAGCUCUCUCUACUGGAAUGUGGAUGUUAUGUAAAGGAUGUUAAUCUACAGUUGGAUGGUGGAGCAUCUUGGUUAUAUCAAGGAUUGGUGGGUUUUUUUGAAAAGCCAUUGCGCUCAACAAUUGAAGAUACUGUUUCCCAGGCAAUUGAAGAUGCAAUUAUGGAGCUUGACCCUUUGUUGAAAUCUAUUCCAAAAGAAAUUUCAAUUGAUAACAUUGCUACCCUGAAUGUAACAUGCAUAAACGACCUUGUUUACAGCAAUGAUUCCAUCAACUUUGAGAUUGAUGGGUUAUUCUCAGCAAGGGAUAAAGCUGUAGCGAGUAAAUACAAUGUGAGAAAUUCACAAGCUUCAGUUUCCUGUGAGAGUGCAGCUAAGAUGCUUGGGAUUUCAAUACAUGAAAAAGUUGUUAAUUCAGCAUCUUUGGUUUAUUUUGAUGCAGAUGUUAUGCAUUGGAUAAUUGACAAAAUAUCAGAUCAGUCCUUGCUGAACACUGCUGAAUGGAAAUAUGUUCUUCCUCAGCUGUACAAGCAAUACCCAAAUCAUGACAUGAAUCUGAAUGUCUCUGUGACUUCACCGCCGACCGUAAAAGUUGCACAGCAGAAUAUUGAUGCUGCAAUUCACUUAGAUGUGAUAAUUGAUGUUCUUGAUGAUGGAAAAGUAAUACCAGUUGCAUGCAUCUCAACGAAAAUCACUAUCUCAGCUUAUCCGGAAAUCUCCAAGAAUGGUCUAGCUGGCAGAGUCGAAUUGAAUGCUUUUACCAUGGCUUUGGAGUGGAGCACAAUUGGUAACAUUCACUUGAAUCUAGUGCAGCCAGUAGUCCGUACAGUCCUGAGAACCAUCGUCUUCCCAUAUGUGAACUUGCUCCUCUGGAAAGGAAUUCCCUUGCCGAGUAUUCGAGGCUUUACUCUCCAAAAUGCUGAAAUUGGCUACAAGGGUCCGAGGAUUGUUGUCUGCAGUGAUGUAGGGUCUGUAAAACAGCAGGGUUUCAAUCCUAUUAUGGAGUUUUAGGGCUAGCUGUUCUAUGCAAGUAUGCUUGCAAUGUACAUGCAAACUAGCAAACAAUCUUAGUCUCCUUAGAUUAUGUUUGCCAUUGCUUCAUGUACAGUAGUCACCUUAGACAUUGAUAGCCAUGUGGAAAUAGUUGUAGACUUAUUGAAUGUAUUUGUCAAUCCAACUCUAUUUGUAUUUUGUAUGAAUAUUGUAUUUUCAUGUCACAAUUGUUCCCCUCACUAGCUACGGUUUACCUAAUAAAUUUUAGCUUUUCAAUCAUA